UACCACGAGCAUUGAUAUCGUUUAAUUUUUUGUAUUUUCUGCGGCGUAUCUUCUGAUGUUUUAUGUUGUUUUUAUUAAGAAUGUACAGUUACAGUUAUGUGCCAACUAAUUUUAGAGACGUGACGUACACAAUCAAAUAAAAGGAGAGAACACUGUUUUGAAAGAGAUAACGGAAAAGUUUUUUACAAUCUUUGUCAUUAGCAUUCAUCCAUGAUAAUAUUUGGUUCACGGAACGUAUGCCUGUUCUCGAAAGUUCGGAAGAAAUAUAUGCGUACAAUAUUUGCGUAAAUAAUUACGGCUUUUGAAUCAUCUGACUGUUAUCAUCAGAAAACCAAAAGUGAAAAAGCGUUGUCCGGAUGCUUUUCGAAUCUGCGCCACAUGACGACUGCGAGUAUUCCUCGCGAGAUGUCGCGAUACUUCAUUCCCAGCUGGAAAUCAGCUGAUGGAGAAAUCCGUUAUCCAUUAUCGGAAUCAGAUCUUCGGGGUUUCAGAUAAUUCGACAUCACGAAAUGGUUUUGUUGAAUAUGUGAUUAUACCCAUACCUGUGUGAGAUCAAAUACAAUGAGCGAAAUAAAUAUCAACAAAGUCCUGAGAAAGAGUGUCGCGUCGUAUUUUUCCUAGCGUUACAUGGAAAUAAUACAUUAUUUGUUUCUUUGUGUGCUAAAUUUUCGCGCGCUCAUUUCAUCAUUACCAAAAAGUGACGAGUGAAUUAUGAAAAACGCUAAAACAGAAAUGGAAUAUUCAUCGAAAAAUAAUGUGAGCUAUCGUUAUCUCGUUACGUGAUUAUGUACAAAGCUGCGAAUUGUGCAAUGAGUCAUCAGCAUUUUGAUAAGACUGGCAAUCGAACGUUUCUCACAGAUAUAGUAGUACACACAUGUGUGCCUCUGUAGGUGUUUUUCUUAUACAUGUGUGUUUCCAUCGUUGCCUAUGAAGAAAAAAGUGUAAACAAAAAGUCUCGAACCGAAAAACGGAAAACGUAGCAAAAUGAAGAGGCUUACUUUGCAUAUAAAUUUUUUGGUAUUUUUUACGAUGGUAUUGGAAAUCUCAGCGGCAACACAUUGGGUUAUUUCUGAUAAUGGCAGGAUACAAUCACAGUUGGACUCAAUUUUUGAAAUGCGAAGACCAUCUGAUUUAACAGCAUUUUUAGAACAAGAAAAUCGUUUGAAGGCACUUAGAGAGUUAUAUGAAAAAAUAGCGGCAAAAGAAGCCAUUCUCGAUGGUCAAAUACAAACUUUAGAUUCUGUAAAAGAUGUAGAAUCUUGGCUCCACUCGUCGAGCCCGGGCUGUCUGAGCCCGAGCCUCGAGCGUGAAGAAUUUGAUUUUUAUACCAGCGUAGCGACAGAUGGAAGUUGGAGGAAAGGUAUAACUGAGAAAGAUUACAUGCUGGACGAAAUUUCAAUUGAGGGAGAGAAGAAGGAACCGGACUGCAAGAAAACAUUUCCUUUAGACUUUAGCGUUUAUACUUUUGAGCACUUGAGUGCUAUGCAAAAUAGGAAGGAUCUGGCUCAACCCCAGGAAAAGGAUCUGAUAAAAUAUUUACCACAAGGUACGGAUCUGAGAACAUUCGGGCAUCGGAUCGCUCAUGGGUUGAUGCGCAACAGCACAUCCUGGCUGUACCUCAAUCUCGCUGCUAUUUAUUGGCGAAUUAAUGGCGACACUUACAAUGCUCUGGAAUGUGCGAGACGAGCCAUUGUUACAUCUCCUCGGGAAUAUCGUGACAUACCGUUGUUAACUACGGGGGGAAUUUUACACGCUGCAAGACAUUCAGCGGAGGCUGCCAUAGUAUUACAUACAGCGAUUGAUCAUGCACCCAACGAGUCACAUCAAUAUCUUGCACUUGGACACGUUUAUGCGGUACUUGGUGAUUACAAUAAAUCGUUAUUGUGUUACGACAAUACAUUGAAAAUCGCACCAAAAAUGGAACAGGCUAAACUGGCGAGACACGUUGUUCUUUGUCAUCAACGCUUGGACACAUCUUUGUUAGUUUUGUGCAAAAUCAUGGAUGACGCAGUGACCGAAUUACUGGAGUAUCAGAAAAAUUACGAGGAUUUGCUGAGAUUGAGGGAUAAAAUGCUACGUGAUCACUCGAUGAAGUUUUUGCUGGCAAAACUUGGUGCGGAGCGACUUGGAACUCUGCUCACUUCCAAGGAGCGUUAUGAAAGUUGUGUACAACGAGAAGGAGGAGACGCACAGUUUUUGUGUUCCAUUACUAAUGAGCUUGGUCGCACCUCCCAAAUUGAUAUUGGAGCCAGUUUGCAACAGUUGCAACACGUUGAAAAUCAAGUGCAAAAGCUGAACGACCGUAUGACAAAUCCCGAAAAUUUUCAAAGAAAAUUUGAUCGGUCGGUAAACAUUAAGAAAGCAACAAAUGAAGAAAUAUUGCCACAAUUUGGUAACUUUUUCACGGAGCCAGCAGGAAAAAUGAAGUACAAUAAUAAUGCGAUUAAAAAAAGUAAAGCACCAUUUGAGAACAAAAAUUGGCCUUCGGAAGCCGAAUGUAUCGGUCAAUCGUCGCUAAUGAUGGAAGCCCGACAAUACACGCCCGUUCAUUUGCCACCUGAAAACAAGGGUUAUUUGACUCACUUGUUCGUGAGCACGUUUAUACAGAUUUAUUCAGGCGAGGAGCACGCCCUCCCGUGGUAUCCGCCAACUUGUCAAACUCCGGAAAGCUACGACACGAAAAACAUUCCUUCUUUGUUAUUAACGACCGCGAGCAAUACUCCGAAUUCUCCGGAACGAAGCCUCGCUCCUUUCAUAACGAACUUGGUCAAGGGGGCUGAACUCGCUGAGAUUGGCCAAAGAAUAUUGACCGCAACCAAAGCGAGAGUUGCGGCGCCUUGGGUCCUCUCCGUGUUGGCUUCUUUGCACUGGCGUAUCAUCGGCAAGCCAAGAAAUGCCUUGGAUUGUCUCCAGCAAGCGUUGAGCAACGUUCCAGAUAAAUUCCGGGAUGUUCCUCUCGUGAGUAUCGCUUCGAUCGGCCAAAAACUUGGUUUCAUCGAUGAAGCUUUGAGGACAGCCAAAGAGGCUCUACGUAUUAACUCAAUCGAGCCUGCGACGAAUUACCUGUACGCGACACUACUCCACGCAAAGGGUAACCUCACUGGAGCGAUCCAUCAUUUGAAACAGUCACUUCGAGUGGAACCGGAUCUUAUGGAAGGCAGAGCUUUGCGGCUAUUACAAUCUUUGACUUGUGAAAAAAGAUUGUUGAGCACACGACAAUCAGUUCACGGUGUUUAUGGAGUUGAGCGAAUUGAGAGUUCAGGAUUAACUUGUCUUUCACCGGAAAUCAUAGCUAGAAACGAUUUACACGAGGGCGAAACAGUUUUGUGCGUCGAAGACGGUGACGAUUGUAGACCGAUUCAGUGCUUCGCGAUGAAAACGAACGUGGAUCAAAGUACAGCACCCUAAAACAGAGGAAAAUCUACUCUGACAAUCAAUGAAAACGCACGAAAUUUUAUUCAUCUUUUUUUCGUUCGGACCAACCACAAGUGAGCAUAUUUUAAGCGAAAAAUAUUGUGUAGAGGCUGAAAGGGACAAAAAUUGUGAUACACACAUAUCGAAUUGUGGCGCACGAGUUCUACGACAUUCCACGAUUAUAGCAAUACUCGCAAAUAAUUUCGAGUCGAUUCUCGAACGAGCACGAAUAUUUUCCCAGAGAAAAAACAAAAACAUUUUUUUCACUUUCCAAGUUUCAAGCACUCAUAGUGUUGUUGCUUUUUUUCAUAAUUAUCUUCGUGGAAAAAAAUGUACUUACCGAUAUACAAUUGGUGUUUCUAUGUCCGUGCCUGUUAAUAAAAAAAUUUUUAAUAGGUA